AUGUUUUACGACAGCAAAUUAAUGAACUCUUCGUGUAUAAAGAACAUAUGGCGGGCCGCUAAUGAUCAAAGCACUAAUUUGGAAGACGAAAAACUGCCGGAUAUUUGUACUUGGCUUGAUGGGUGGAUCACCAGUGACCAUAACAACGCAGGUAGUCGGCUAUCGCUUCGUACCGCAGCAGUUCUCAUCGACGGGGCAGCUAAAGUUUAUGAGAGAAAGCUAAAGCGUUUAUUUGAAGAUAUUGACAAGUUAGAAAGCGAUAUGAUAAAACGCAAACGAUUGCACAGCGUCAGAUCUGAUGAGUACAGCAUUCAGUCUGGGGAUGACCAAGACACCACCAUGUCAUCAGAUGAGAAAUCGGAACAAUCAGAAACCUCUAUAGAUAAAUCCAAUGUAUCAGACAUAAGUCAAAAACAAGGGGUGAAUCGAGAGGAUGUGAACAUCAUAACACCAGGCCGUUCCAUUCCUGAUAGCAAUAGCGUUGGCUCUGAACGACAGCUGAGCACAAGCAUUGAGCUCUUGGAAACAUCAGAUACAGAAAAUACAAGCGUUACAAAAGAAGAUUCCACCUCGCAUGAAGAAAAAAGAUGCACUGAAGAAGAUACUUUAAUGGGAGAUUUUGAUGAAAACCUACCAUUUGGUUAUGUUAUGAUUUAUAACAGUAUCCGUGAUAAGAUCCCGAGGAAAAUCAUAUUUUCUUCAUUCAACCGCGAUUUACAGAAGUUAAUAUGA